UGAUUACACACGAUACAAGUACAAGCGGUGUCGAUGAUAAAACUGAGAAGUAAUUGUUUCGAUUCUAAUUCUGAGACGACUUUCUCCAAGAUUAGGCCCAUUGUGAGGUCCAGAUCACCGCACUUUUCAGCAGAGUGUUCGCUCAUAGCGCACCUCUCUCAGCGGCGAGUACCAAUUAGGCAAAAGUUAUCCAGCCUACGUGCCCUUACUGGUGCCAGCAGAAAGCGCCGUGAUUUCUGAUUGACCAGAUGCGGAAAUGGCUGACGCAGCUUCAAGAGCUCCACGUGCACCAGUACGGCAGCUGAGCCAUGACCAAAUCACGCAGUUAGCCGGUGCGUUGGGAAACGCAAUCAGCCGUGGAGACCAGAACGCCGCAGCGGAGGUUGCGCGAAACUUGGCGGCCGAGCAUUCGCAGCUCGUUUUCCAGCCUAAGAAUGCACCAGCUGCUGCACAACCUGGUGCAAGUGAUCGCAUAACGCUGACAGUGCACAUUGAAGAUCGCAUGGAGGUGGCCGACAAACCCAAGGUGACCGUCAAGAUCUGGCCCGGCAUGACGUUUCUCGAACUCAAACUCAUGUUUUACGAUAAAUAUGAUCUUCCGGUUGAGUGCCAACGGUGGAUACACAACAAGAGUAUGAAGAGUGAUCGCGACACUCUGGCAAGCUCAGGAAUCACGGCGUCGGGCCACACUCUUUUCCUGUAUCUCCUGUCGAAGGAGGCGGCCCAUCUACCGUGCAGUCGGCAGGACUAUCGGCCGCCGAAUAUCCCUAGAGCACAUACAUCAGCACAGCAGCCCACGGGGACAGGUGCUACCAACAUGCAGCCGUCGUCGCCAGCAGCUUACAUACAGACACCAGUGCAAAUGGAGCCACAGCCUCUGCCAACGCACAUGCCACUAGAACCAAACAUGCCACGUGUGCAGGAGCAGGAUACCGGUGCACAGCCGAACGUUCGGCAACAAGCAGCAGACGAACCAUUCCUGUGGCGUCCGCCUGACAAGAAGAGGCAAGUGCCGCCGGUAUUCAAUGCCGAGGUCAGCUCCUCCAACCCGGCGGCCACAGCCCAGCAACUUGCCAACGCCCUGCCUAUGAAUAUACCUAUGAAUAUACCUAUGGCUGGACCGCCGCCGCACCACCAGCAACAGCAACAAUACGAACACCCGCUGUAUGAGCACCAGCAGUACGAUCACCAGCAGCCACACCACCAGCAGCCGCAACUACACCAGCCACCACAACAGCAGCAGCAGCAGCAGCAGCAGCACCUUGAACUGCGUCUUCCCACGAACGACCUAGCUCUCACUGGUAACGGCGGCGGGACAGUGGCCGGUGGUUCCUCACCAGCGGUGGUGGCAGCUGACUCGGGACCGCUGCUAGAAUCUAGCGACGAGAUACCCGAGGAUGGCUGGAACUGUCCUGUGUGUACGCUGCGGAAUCAUCCCACGCGACCGGGAUGCUCGGCGUGCACCAAGGAACGGCCAGCGGACUAUGUGUUGCCUGAGCGCUACGACCGUCAGGAGGAGAUAAUCCGUGCACAGGUGCGUGCGGAGCAGGAAAGACUCCUGACUGGAGUCACUCACAAUCAGGCACAAGGAGCCCCUGGGCCUGGACAGGGACUGCCAACGCCCGAUGCAUAGCGUAAACACGCACGCACGCACACCGCCACAGCUGAUUGCCAGGCGUGCCGCUGACUGCGCAGCCAUCAUGACGCCGGGAGUCCGAUCAACCAUAGUGUAUGUGCUAGCAGUAUGUUGAACUUCUUCUUGAUAACCAAGUGAUGUGUAGGGAAUGGUGUCACACUCAAAUAUAUACUACAGAUUACAGACUGCAGUAAAUGAUCAUUGUGUUGCACAGAACAUGGCAAUGGUGCUCACACCAAUUUUUCCUCUUUUCCUGUUAUGAGUAAAUAACAAAUAGUUUCUUUUUGCUCUGUUUUGGUGUUGAGUGCUUUAUAUUUGCAUUGCAAACACUUAAAAAUGGCUGAACCUGGCUGACAAGGUCAAAUUCUAA